UCGUUUAUUCAAAAUGGCGGCAGUUUGUCAAGUUUGUUUGUGAACUUCAUUUCAGUUGUUAUUUUCUCUCUCUAACAUGACACAGAUUCGGGAAACGAUCGAAAACUUAUGUAGGGUUCUCAAAUACAACAGCAUAGCAAGCAUAACAGCCGAGGUUUUUCGCCUUGCUAAAUUUGAUAAACCAGAAGCUACAAAAGAAAUGUGGAUUUCCCUAGCGAACUUGCUUGAAUGGUUAGAGCGAGAACAAGAUCCGACAAAUUCUCCUCCUUGUGGAUUGGCAGACAGCGCCAUUGCCGUGAGACUCUGCAAGCAUAAAAUGUACCUUAAGGGCUACAGAGCGCCAGGAUUUUACUUACUGCUUGAAGAUAUGCAAGUGGGAAGCAGAACUAUUUUACUAGCAUUUGGUUGGUUAAUGGCGAAAGAAGAAUUUUUCCGGAAACUUUUGAAAAAUGUGAGUCCUUGUCUUGAAACAGAGGAGCUACCUCAUAAAGACUGCUUGUGCUCUAAUGAAUUAAAAGAUAGCUUGUUUGAUCAUAGCAAAGGGAUGAGUCCUCUACAAAUUCUACAGGCAGUUGUGUGGAUGAAGGGGAAGAUAUGCUCAGCUUCAAGGAGCUUGCUUACUGCUAGGGACGAACUAGCGAUCCUUACUAAUAAAAUACAUAUGGCAACGUGUAAGUUCCCUCCUACAUGUUCCAUGAUACGGCAUCUUUCAUUGUUUGAUGUGUACCUGUUAUCACAACCCAAAAUAUUAGCUCAACGCCAGGAUACUUUAGAUAAGCACAAUUCGUAUUUGCAAAGUUUGUUAAGUGUUAAAACUGAGGAGGCCUCUUUUUGGAAGUGGAUGGAGAGUGUUCUAGAUUUGCAACUCAAAGAGGACGAUGAAAAUGGACCAGAAAAUGAUGAAUCAAAGACUCUAUUUGGAAAAAUUCAUGGUUUUGCUGCUUAUAAGCCAAGUAAGCAAGUACAGGAAAUUAAAGAACAACAAGUAAAAAUGACCAAAGAAUUGCAUAAGUAUGAAAAACUCUAUAAGAAAAUUUCAAAACAACACAAAAUGCAAAGGCAAAUAUUGGUUAACUGUCCUGAGAUGAGUCAGAAAUUCAAUGAAUUACUUCCAUUUAUCGAUCAAGAGAUCUGCAAAGAAUUUCAGCAACUAUGUCAAAUUCAGAGCACUUUAGAUCAUAGAUCAAAAAUCUUAUUUGAAAGAAGUCCCUGUGCUGUAACACUUGCUCACAACAAAUCUGAUAAGAAACACAGCAAAGAUAUUACUACAGUACUGGAUCAAUCCGAUAUUGCAAUUGUAGCAGGACAGGUUGAGCAAGAGGUUAAAGUUCUAAGAGAAAAAAUGGAUGCUUUGUCAAGGAAACAUCAAGAUCAAAUGGCUGAGCUCUCACAGUUGCUUAACGAUGUUGUAUGUAUAACUCACAUCUAGCAGUUACUUUAUGAUAUAUGUAUAACUCACAUCUAACAUUUACUUGAUAAUGAAGUAUGUAUUACUCACAUCUAACAGUUACAUGAUGAUGUUGUUUGUAUAACACACAUCUAACAGAUGAUGUUGUAUGUAUAACUCAUGUAUGUAUUAAAAUUACUUGAUGAUGUUUUAUGUAUAACUCACAUAUUACAAUUACGUUAUUAUGUUGUACAGUAUGUAUAACACAUCUAGACAUGAUUACUUGUGGUCACUUAGUUGAUGGCAGAAAUUCUUCAAAACAAAGACAGACAAAAACUUAUUUUAUAGGGAAAAUUAUAUAACACCUGCAGGGCUUUUAUUAGGCCUGGCGGCUGGCUGAACUGCCAGUUAUUUUCCACCAUGCACCGGCUACUUAAAAAAAAGUUUAAGUUUUAUUUGAACUUUGAAAUAAAAUAACUUCCACCCCCUAUUAAUGUAUCCCCAUCGCCUACUCUGAAACUUUAAUAAACCCCUGAUGUAGGUAGAAUUUGAAACCAUUUGCAUUUUGGUUUUCAUCAUUUUAUUUGUUCUGUUUGUUUGAAAAUUGUGAAUAAAUAGUUUCACAUAUUUUCACAUAGUUACAUGAACACCAGAAGCAUGUCUGUAGCCGUAGCUGUUUUCUUAUUCUAUUUAUUCAUUUUGUUGUUGUAUUUUAUUAGAAGUUUUAAAACAAACCUUACUAAUAAAUGAUUAGUUGUACAUGCA